AUGGCAGUUUCCGUGUCCCUUGCACAGGCGGGCUGUGUGUCGUCUGCAAGUUUCGAAUCCUCGCAGUCUGCUGUGAACAAUGUUGUCGAAUCCUUGGAAAACUUACGUCAGAAAUUGUUACAGGAAUGGAGAUUUAGUUAUGCAAUGAAACCAAAGGUUGAGGAUGUGAGUGUCGUUACUAUGAACUAUAUUGAAAGAGAAGAGGUUCUUAGACGCUUAGAGUAUGUUGUUGAUAAUAUUUUAACGUCAUUAUCAAAAGACGAAUCUCCAAGUAUUGUGUACAACAGUCGAAGUACUUGGCAGAAUAUAAGGUUCACAGAGUCUGCAGGUUUGCAAAUGAUACCAAACACUCAUGCAACAGAAGUCAGAUUUGAUUCUCUGAACUCAGUUAACAAGUUUGCUACUACACUACAAGUGAUGGCAAUGUGUUAUAAACUAGUUCAGUCAAACACUUUUUCAACAAAAAGAGAUGUUUAUUAUAGUGACUGUCAACUAUAUGGUAGUCAGUCUGUUGUAGAUGGAAUUAUUGAUAACAUAUCUUGCAUGAUUAAAGUACCCAGAGAAGCAUUACAUGUGCUAGCAACAAGUAAAGGCUGGAUUGCUGGAGCUAUACAGUUCAAAGAUUGUGAUGCUGGUCAUAUUAUUGACUGUAGUAAAACGCAAACUGGGAUAGCCAUUCCUGCUAAUAUAAAUGCUGUAUCUGAAAUUGCUUCCUCUGCUAAGAUGGUAUUAAUUGUAGAAAAAGAUGCCAUCUUUCAGAAACUUCUUGAUGACAAGAUAUUUGAAAAGCUUCCACCAUGCAUUCUUAUAACUGGAAGAGGAUUUCCAGAUGUUGGUACACGAAAAAUGAUUAAAAAAUUAUGGAAUUGUUUACUUAUACCUAUCUUGGCUUUAGUAGAUGCGGAUCCACAUGGGAUGGAAAUACUAUUCGUUUAUAAAUAUGGAUCCAGGGGUUUGUCUUUCGACAAUGAACAGAUGGCAGUUCCUGUUAUCAAAUGGUUAGGUGUCUUACCAUCUGAUAUUGAUAAAUUACAUCUACCUAGAGACAGUCUAAUUCCACUGAGUAAACCUGAUUUAGAAAAAGCAAGAGAUUUAAUGAAGCGACCUUACUAUAUGUCUCAACCAAUGUUCAUGACUGAGAUGCAGAUUUUAUUAUCUAUGAAUCGUAAAGCUGAGAUUGAAGCAUUGACGUCCAUUUCAAGGAAUUAUUUGACAGAUGUAUAUCUACCUACAAAAAUAGCCAAUCAGGAAUGGAUAUAG